CUGCCCGGCAACGCCAGUAGCCGCCCGCCUCCCGCGCAGCGCGCAUCGACCACUCCGUAUUGCAAGCCGCAGCUCCGCGCUCGUCCCGUCCACACAGCACCGCAAAGCUCGCAGCCCGCCCGGGCCCGGCAUGCGCUUCUGAGACGCCCACGCAGCGCAGCGCUACACCCUACCGCACACCAGACAGGACGAGAGGACGCGAGAUGGCGCUGGUGCAGCCCGGUCUGCCAGGUGCCGCCACCACCACCGCCCCCGCCGCCCCCGUGUCGAGGCUGGCGCAGAUGCAGGCUCGCAUCCAGCAGCGGCAGCUGCAGGAGAAGGAGCAGAAGCUGCUGCAGCUGUACGAGAGCCAGCAGCAGCGCGCCCUCGACCGCGUCGUCACGCGCUCCACCUCGCUCAGCUCCAGCCUCAGCACCGCCGCCUUCAGCACACUCACCACCACCAACAACAACAGCGUACGCACCAGCCUCAGCAACGGCAUCAACAACAAUAACGGCGCCGUUGGCGGCGGCCGCGUGCGCCAGAUGUUCGACGAGCGCCGCAAGCCGAACAACUCGGCGCCCGCCGCUCCCGGCUGGGACCGCAGCUACCCGCUGGAACCCAUCAACAAGAACGCAGCAGCACACAAGACGGUGUCCAAGUCUCGCGGCGCGGUGAGCCUGGACCGCAACGGCGCCGGCGCCGGAUUGGGCCACAGAGCCGCGGCGCCGCCCCCGCAGGCGCACCAGCCGCUGCGCAGGGCCAAGAGCCAGGCGCGGCCGCCCCCGCCGCCGCCGCAGGCGCCCAGCCCCCCUCCAGAGCCAGAGCCAGAACCGGAGCCGGAGCCACAGGCCGCAGACACGGCGGAGGCGCAGGACGCCGAGCUGCAGCGCUACCUGGACGACUUCUCGCCGCCGGCGACGCCGCCGCCCUUCGACGACGAGCCGGACGAGGGAGAGCCCGAGGCCGGGGCGGAGCUGGACGCCGCCGUGGACGCCAGCACGUCGUUCGUGUUCCAGAAGCUGCCCAACGUGGGCGGCCCGGCGCGCGCGCCGGUGCAGCUCGCCGAGGAGCGGCCCGACCGCUUCAAGACGUACGCCGCGGGCAAGCCGGGGGCGGCGCCGGGGGCCAGGCCCAAGGGGGCGGCUGCAGCGGCUCCGGCGGCGCGCAGGUCGCAGCCGGCCAAGACCACCGUCCGCAGGUCCGAGGUGAAGGCGACUCCGCCGGCAGCCGCGUCCAACGCUUCGACGGGCUCGAAGCGUUCCUCGACGUCGCGGGCCAGCGGCGGCAGCGUCACCAGCCCCCAGCACCAGACCACCGCCACCCGCACCGCCUCCAACGCCUCCACCGCCAGCAAGACUACGCCCGCAGCCAAGAAGCCUCCGACGCCGACGCCGUCGGCCGCCUCGUCGUCGUCGGGCAGCGGCCGCCAGCGCGGCGGCGGGUCCCUCCGCGCCGUGGCGUCGGCGCCGCCGCGGGACGACCUGGUCGCGUGCUCUAACUGCGGCCGCCACUUCGCCACGGACCGUGUCGCCAAGCACGAGGAGAUCUGCCGGCGCACCACCACCAAGAAGCGCAAGGUGUUCGACCCGGUCAAGCAGCGCGUCAAGGGCACCGAGGCAGAGACUUUCGUCAGGAAGAUGCUGCUCAAGGGCCCGCCAGCAAAGAAGGAAACUCAAGCAAAAAAGCCAGACUGGAGAAAAAAGCAUGAGGAAUUCAUUGCAACAAUUCGUGCAGCAAAGGAGAUGAAGGCACAUUUGGCAGCUGGAGGGAAGCUGUCAGAUUUGCCUCCACCACCACCACUUGACACAUCUGACUACAUCCAGUGCCCUCACUGCCAGCGGCGGUUUAAUGAGGCUGCUGCUGAACGGCACAUCCCCCGAUGUGCCAACAUGCAGCAUAAUAAGAAACCUGCACCUGCUGCUAGAACCAGUGCAGGGAAGGUCGGGGCACGGCGUCGAUAAAUGUCAUUAAAAGCUCAUGUAAACUUAUCUGUACUAAAAUAUUAAAAGGCUGCAAUUCAAUAACAAGUACAUCUGUAAAACAU